AUGUGGCACUCGACGCCCAUACCUUGGGUUGUCCAUUGUUGUCUGACAUGGCUGGUCUUGCUGGUUACGCUCGCGACCGCCGAGCGUCUGCCUGGUGAUGUGAUUUCCAGGUCAAGGAGCUUGAUUGAAGGAAUUGAGAAGAGCUCGUCCGUGUUGCAGAAACGCGACAAUGGGACUUUUCUGUUGCGGAUUAUGCCGCUGGGCGCGUCGAUUACAUUGGGUUAUGGGUCGACGGAUCACAAUGGGUAUCGAAAGCCGUUGCGGCAGCAGCUUCGGUAUGCGGGGUGGCAGGUGAACAUGAUUGGGAGUUUGAGGAAUGGGACUAUGCAUGAUAAUGAACACGAUGGCCAUUUUGGGUACAGAAUCGACCAAUUGGAAGAUAAAACCCAAAAGACCAUCCUCGAAAAACCAAACCUGAUAUUAAUCAACGCCGGCACAAACGACGCAAUCCAAAACCACCUCAUAACCACCGCCGCCAUGCGCAUGAACACUCUCCUAGACACCCUCUACACCAGCAUCCCAAACACAACAAUAAUCCUCUCAACGCUCCUCCCAAACAAAAAACAACCCGACCGCGUGCUCCAAAUCAGCACUCAAUACCGGGAACUAGUCUCCCUGCGCCGAGCCCAAAACGACCGCAUCGUCCUGGCCGACAUGGGCUCUUUCAUCAAAGAGAGCCAAUUAGUCGAUGGCACGCACCCGGACGAUGAAGGGUAUCGGGAUAUGGCGGCUGUGUGGUGGGCUGCUAUCCAGCAAGCUGUGAAGGAGGGAUUUAUUGAGUAUGCUGCUGGUACGGGGAUGGAUGGGAGGGUUAGUGUGAGUGUGGAGGGGGAGUUAGAUGGGGGGGAUAGUGUUAGUGAUCCUGUUUUGCCGGUUUAUAGUACGGCGGCGGCGGCGGCAGCGCAGACGGGGGUUGUGAAAGCUACGGGUAUGGGGGGUGGGAGGGGGAGAGAUGGGAUGAGAGGGGGAGGGUUGCUGGUUUUUACUGUGGGCAUUGUUCUCUCCGUUUUGGCGUGA